AUGUUUGUGUCUUGCAGAUAUCUGGACAGCACAUCGUCCGGGUCCUCGUCACGCUCCCAGAGUCCUUUGCUCUUGAGUCCUGCUGGCUCUCAGAGCACCUACAACAACCCUCUACUGCGCUCCCUCAGUCACCCAGGAGAGGGUGUGAUCCAGCUGAUCUCUGUAGCCCGCUCCUCUAGUCUGGGCAUCACCAUCGGCGGAGGCUCCAAUAGACCGGACGGCCCUGCGGUCUUCAUCCAGGAGGUUCUGUCUGGGGGAGACUGCCACAGG